AUGCAGUUCCAGGUGGUGCCCCAACGAGCGCGCCCCCUGGCGUCAGCGGAGGCGCUGGGCGCAAUGACGCGCGCGGAGCUGGUGGCGGAACUGCGCAGCCUGCAGGCGGACCACGAGAAGUACCGGCAGGAAGACCGCAUAGUUUUCCUCUCUCCUGAAACCCAUCCCCCCUCUCAAGUCUAUUCACCCCACCCCACCUCGAGCCCAAAUGUCCUCCAUGAUUCUAUCUCCACCCCUGAUCUCCUCCCAACUCUCUCCCAUCUUUCCCCCAACUCUCCCCCUCUUUCCGCCGUUGUGGCAGUGGCAUUCCAGAAGGAUCUGCUGGCGUCCGUGGGGCAGUCCGUCAUCUGUACAGACCUCGCAGGCACCAUCACGUACUGCCCUUCACCUCGCCACACAGCCCUUCACCUCGCCACACAGCCCUUCACCACUUCCCACCCCUCCUCCCCCGUCAUCGCCCUCUUCAGGAACAAGGCAGCGGUGGAGGGAGGAGGAGGCGGUGGGGCGGAGCGUGAUGGAAAUCACCCCAGCAGACACCACUGUGCAGCAGGCGGGGGAGGUCUUCGCCGCUCUCACCCCCCUUCACCUCUCCCCUUCAUCUCUCUCCUUCGACUCUCUCCCUACCCUUCUCCCCCAACGCUGAACGCUCCUCUCCUCAUUCACCACUCCCUACUGCUUCCCCCUCCCCCCUUCCCAGGAACAAGGCGGCAGAAGCGAUGCAGACACCACGGUGCAGCAGGCAGGGGAGAUCUUCGCCGCGCUCACCCCCCUUCCCCUCUCCCUUUUACCUCUACCCCUCACACCCCCUUCCCCUCUCCCCGUCACCUCUCUCCUUCGCCUCUCCCUUUCGCCUCCCCCCCUACCCAACUUUCCCCCUUCCCCAGGAACAAGGCAGCAGAAGCGAUGUACGGGUGGAGGGAGGAGGAGGCGGUGGGGCGGAGCGUGAUAGAGAUCACCCCGGCAGACACCACGGUGCAGCAGGCGGGGGAGAUCUUCGCCGCGCUCUCCCGCGGGGACGUGUGGCGCGGCGAGUUCCUCGUGCGGCGUCGAGACGGCUCGCCCUUCCACGCCAUGGUCACCGACACCCCGAUCCUCGACCCGGAAGGCAAGCUCGUGGGCGUGAUCGGGGUCUCAGCAGACAUCAGCGACUUAAAGCGCAAGGAAGGGGAAAUCCGAGCUCUCAACGCGGCAUUAGAGCAGAGAGUGGAGGAGCGGACGGAGCAGCUGAUGCGGUCCAACGAGGCGCUCAAGUCGGAGAUUGAGCAGCACCUUAGAGCCCAGGAGCACCUGCGGCGCUGCAUCCGCGACCUGGAGGCGUCGCGCGAUAAGAUCUCGCAGCAGUCUGCGGCACUGGAGCAGCUGGUGGGGCAGCUGAGAGAGGCACGGGUGGAGGCGGAGUCGGCUAAUAGACUCAAGAGCCGGUUCCUGGCGUCCAUGAGCCAUGAGAUUCGCACGCCUAUGAAUGGGGUUCUUGGCAUGACGCGCCUGCUGUUAUCAACGCCAUUACAGGAGGAGCAGAGGCAGUUCGUGGACACGAUUCGCAGCAGCGGGGAUGCGCUGCUGACCAUACUCAACGACAUUCUCGACCUCUCCAAGAUCGAGGCGGGGGAGCUCGAGCUAGAGCACCGCGACUUUGACCUCUGUCGCUGCCUCGAGGACGCCGUCUCGCUACUCGCUGUACGCUUGCCUGCCCCUUCCAAAUUCUUUCACGCCUCUCUUCUCUUCCAUGCCUCUUUUCUCGAGCACCGCGACUUUGACCUCUGCCGCUGCCUCGAGGGCGCCGUCUCGCUGCUUGCUAUCCGUGCCAUGGAGAAAGGUGUGGCGGUGGUGAGCUUUGUGGAGCCCAAUGUGCCCCGGGUGGUCAGAAGCGACUCCGCGAGAUUGAGACAGAUUCUGGUGAACCUGAUAUCGAACGCCAUCAAGUUCACAGACAAGGGUGAGGUAGAGGUCACCAUCUCGGCCUCUCGACUGCCCGGCACCUCCCACCACCACAUUCCAGAGCUCCUGAAAGAGGCGGCAACCCAACCGCCCCAGGGAGACAGGGGUGAAGAGUGCGAGGAUUCACAAGAGGAGGCAAAGGAAGAAGGGCUAACCAGCAAGAGCAGGCUGAGAGAAAUGAGUCCUGGGGAUGGGGGGUCUGCGCACAGUGGGUUUGAGGUGUGGGGCAAGGCGGUGGGCAGGAGGAGGAGGUGGCGGGGGGAGGAGACUCAAGGCAUGGAGAGGCAUGCCGUGCACUGCAUUGCAGUGAGUGUGCGGGAUACCGGUAUCGGCAUCCCCAAGGAGCGAAUGGAGCGCCUGUUCAAGCCCUUCAGCCAGGUGGAUGCGAGCAUGACACGCAAGUACGGAGGCACAGGGCUGGGCCUGGCCAUCUCACACCAGCUGGUGGGCAUGCUGGGGGGGCGCAUAUGGGCGGAGAGCAACGGGCAGGGGCGCGGGUCCACCUUCAGGUUCUACAUCACAGCUCCCGCUCUGCCCUUCGACCUCCACACGCCCAUUGAGGCGCAGCAGAAGGCGCCUUCCCCUGCUGGUGCUGUUUCGCCUGGCAUUCAAGGAGUGGGUGAGGCGAGCAGCGGGGAGGAGGCGGAGAAGGUGAUGGAAGAGGGUGUGGGGGUGCUGGAAGAGGGUGUGGGGGUGCUGGGAGAGGGUGUGGGGGUGCUGGGAGAGGGAUGUGGGGAGGAGGGGAGACGUGGUGGCAGUCAUGGGGAUGGGGAUGAGGGCCGCAUGGAAAGGAAGGAGUGUGUGGUGUCAUGGGAUGAGUGUCGUCCAUGCACGAGCCGUUCCAGCUCUGCCACGACCAUGCAGGCGCAACACGACAUGCAAUGUCCGGCAGCAGGCACGUCAGCAGGCACGUCAGCAGGCAUGGCAGCAGGCACGGCAGCAGGCAUGGCAGCAGGCACGGCAGCAGGCACGUCAGCAGGCACGUCAGCAGGCACGUCAGCAGGCACAGCAGCAGGCACGGCAGCAGCAGCGACUACUUGGAGUGCAUUUGACGUGUUUGUUGUGGAUGCUGGGCUGCAGUGGUCUCCCGCUGCACCCGCACUGUCAGGCACUGCAGCUGCCCUGGGACCAAGAGGACAUGUGGGAGGACAUGUGGGAGGACAUGUGGGAGGACAUGUGGGACGGGCAGCUGCGAGGACAGGCGUGGAUGCAGCAGGGUUCCAGUCAGGGCUGGCACAGCAACACCCCCUCAAGAUACUCCUUGCUGAAGACAACCUGGUGAACCAGAAGGUGGCCACCAAGAUGCUGGGGCGCAUGGGAUACACGUGCCACGUGGCGGUCAACGGGGCAGAGGUGCUGCAGGCGCUGCAGGAGUCGUCCUUUGACCUCAUCUUCAUGGACGUUCAGAUGCCUGUGAUGGAUGGUAUAGAGGCGACACAGCGAAUUACCCAGAUGUGGCCGCCGAGUCAGAGGCCCAAGAUAUUUGCCAUGACAGCCAAUGUGCUCGAGACAGACCGCGCCAUGUGCCUGCAGGCCGGCAUGGAUGGCUUCAUCUCCAAGCCUGUGAGCGUGCACGAGCUGGUGCGCGCUGUUGAGUUCUCAAGCCCUUCUAAGAGGUGA